ACCGACUAACUUGGACGGCCUAACUUGGAUACAACAUGGCGGAAAAUGUAAACAUGUUGGAAUCAUGUUUGAAAUUGUUGGUAGAAAUAUAAUGUGGGGAUAUUGUCACUCAAUGUUUCCACUUCAAUGAGCAUUUUGUGAAAUCUUGAGAUGCGAAUUACAUUUGUUAGCUCAUUCCACAGUUCAGGUUUUAGGUUAAAAAAGAGCUAAACAACAUACUUAUGUCUGCUGCCAGAUCCAUAUAAACUUCAACCAUGCCAAACAUCAAAACAUUCUGCCGUAUCAAGCCAACACAAGAAACCUAUGAGGAAUUUGAAGCCUCAAAGAAAACUAUAUAUUUACGAGUUCCAGAAGUCCUCAAAGAUUUUAAUUCAAACAGUAAAGGGUCAAGGGCAUGUGUGAACCAUGAAUUUAACUUUGAUCACAUAUUUAUGCAAGAUGCUUCACAACAAGAUGUGUUUGAUGUUGCUGCAUUGGAAAUAGUCCAAGCAUUUUUGAAUGGUUAUAAUGGAACAAUUUUUGCCUAUGGUCAGACAGGUACUGGAAAGACAUAUACCGUUGAAGGCAGUGCUAAAACAUACCAUUCCAGAGGUCUUGAACCAAGAUCAUUAUCUUUGAUAUACAGUGAGUUAGAAAAGAGAACCACAGAGGACCUAAGCGUACAUAUAUCAUAUCUUGAGAUCUACCAGGAUGUGGGGUAUGAUCUCCUGAAUCCAGGGGCCAGAACUCAGUCAUAUGUUACACCGUUUCCUAAGGUGAGUGUUAUCGAAGGACAAAGUGGCAUGUGUGUGGUACGUAACCUGUCCAAUCAUCUCGCAGCUAGUGAAGAUGUUGCACAGAGUCUUCUGCUUCAAGGUCAAGCAAAUAGAAAGGUCGCAGCCACAGCAAUACAUGACAGGUCAUCAAGGUCACAUGCUGUGCUUACUAUACAGCUCACAUCAAAGAAAAUGGAUUCUGAUACCAUAGUCAGGUCAAAAUUACAUCUAGUGGAUCUUGCAGGAUCAGAAAGAGUUGCUAAGACACGCGUACUUGGCCAUCAGUUAACGGAAGCAAAAAGUAUUAACCUGUCACUACAUCAUCUCGAGACUGUAAUAGUUGCCCUACAGGAGGAAGCUCUAGCUGCAGACAAGGCAAACAGAGCAAGGACAUCAGUAGGCAAUAGAAAAUAUAACUUUGUAACGAGACCUAGAAGUGCAGAUGGCAUCCGAGGACCACGCCAUGUUCCAUACAGGAAUUCCCUCCUUACCAUGCUGCUACGAGACAGUUUGGGUGGUAAUUGUAUGACUGCUAUGAUAGCAACUAUAUCCCUGGAAAUAUCCAAUCUUGGUGAAUCAAUAUCUACGUGUAGAUUUGCUGGACGAGUAGCCUGCAUCGCUAACUCUGUAUCGCGUAACGAAGAACUUGAUGAGAAGUCUUUGAUCCGUAAACUCAGGAAACGUAUUGCUGAACUAGAAGCAGAACUGGCUUGCUUGAAAUUAACACAGGAAGACGAGGAGGUAGACUCAAGAAUGAAGUUAAGUGAUGAAGACAAGCUGAUUUGCUCACAGGUUGUCAAACAAUACCUGGCUGGUAAAAUUGCAGAUCCCAUUUCAGCAGGUAUAACCAAUCCUAACAAAUUCAGAGAAUGUUUAAGAAUUCUGAAAAAGGUUGUUGGUAAUCCAGUGUUUGGACCUACUAGUGGUAAUGAACAUCGGAGAAAUUCAUUGUCUGUUACCGUACCCACUCAUACCCCAAUGGAGAAUGGUACCAGCCCAGUAAAUGGGGAACCAGAUAACGGAGAAACAUUUCAGAGACAUAACGUCCAGAAGUUGAAAGUUGAUGGGGAAUCAGAUAGUAGAGUGAAACCAAAUAACACAACCCAAGGGCAGAGAUCUAGAUCAAAUCAGAAUUCUAGUUUAAGAAGAAAUGCUUCAUUUGAAAUCUCAAAAACUGCAGCUCCAUCUGGUGAAAGAAGGGAUGUAACUAGGGAUGCUGGUGCCCCUCCUAGCAGACGACAAGCCACACAGGCUUGGGUAGAUGGUAAUGCUGAGAGUAGAGUCACAACGGCAUCAACUGGAGAGAGGUUAUGGACAAGCAACAGUAAAAGAGACCCAGAAACUUUGUCUAUGAUCUUAAAGGAGCAAGCUAGAACACCAUACGAACAGAAAAAAGCCAUGGAAAUAAAGAAGCUCAAUUCUAAGGUUGAGAAGUUGCAGUCGGAGAGAACAGAGCAGGAACAGCAGGUGAUAGAAAUGAAGAUACAGGUAGCAGAGAAGGAACUUGAUCUCAUGGAAAAACAUAUGAGGACUAAACUUGGAGUGAGUACAGCCCAGGUUCAGGAUCAAAGUAGCUACGUUAAACAGUUGAUCAGUACAGACGCAGAUCCAUCACUGAUAGAACAAGAGAAACUAGUUGAGAGACAGCUGAAAAAGAGAAUGGACAAAUAUGAUCGCCAGCUCAAGUAUAUAGAGUAUCGCCGUGAACAGUUAAAGAAUCAGGUUGACGGCCGAGAAGAAACUGCGGAGAAAAUUGCAAGCAUGCAGGAAAAAUAUGGCCAAUUCAGGAAGCGGGAUGGCUCGCUUAAUACGCGACAGGUCUUUCAGAUGUUAAAAUCUGAGGAGAAAAAACAGUCAAAGGUAAAGAAUCAGAUAGAAAGGGAAAGAAUUAUGGCAACUGCUGAACUUAUGGAAUUAAAGGAACUUGCCACUCGCCAAAAACUUCGGGAAUUAAAGGAGGCGAUGUCAUCAGGGAAACCUUUUGUACAAUCAGUGAAUGAUACGUCACAAAUGAAUGGACAUGGUCACCAAGUUGAGAAUGGUGCUAGAGAGCCUGUAGAAAACAGUUUCGUUAAUGAAUCAAAUAAUGAUAGGUUUACAAAGCCAUCUCGAGAAAAUACUUUUGUUGUUAAUGGUGAUAAAAAUGAAGACAGUCAAAACCUGAAUGUUUCUGCUAAUGUGCCAAAUAACGAGUUUUAUUCAAAACGUAAAUCAGAGAAAGAUCCAACAUCAAAAUGGGAGUCGAAUUAUUCCAGACCUACAACGCCGUCAAAUUUAGCAUUUGAAACAUCUGGGGAAAAGAAAAGGACAAAUAAUGAAGAACUAAAGGUCACUUUUGAUGAAAAUACUCAGGAAAAAGAAAAUCUAGAUAAUUCUGUGAUGAAAGACAAAGAAAAAAGAUCUGUGUUAACUGCAGAAGAUAUGCUUGAAAUACAAAGUAGACGAUUUGAGAAAGAACUUAGUAACAGUAGAACAAACAGAAAAAGUAGAGAAAAAUCACGUCUGGGAGGUGACCAGAAGACGUAUAUGCCUAGUGAAUAUGUUAAUGGUAUAUCAAAUGCAGACCAGUUUGAUGCAAGAAAAAUGAAUCUAUCCUCCAAAAAUUUUGAUUCAGCAUUAACAUCUAUGUUAGGCCAGGAAAAUAAUAGAAUUUAUCCUGAUAAUAAUGAUUAUGAACAGUUUGCUAGGACAUCUAAGUAUAGACCUAACCCUUAUUUGGAAUCUCAGAAAACACCUCCAUCAAGGUCAAAGGCCAGUAGAGAUCAGAGAAGUGGCAGGGAAAGAUCAAGAGAAGCAAGGUCUGCUGAAAGGUCAAAACAAGACCCCGAUGCAGGGCGAUCUCCAGUAUCUGCGAAGAUUUCUCGGUAUGUCCAGGGUCCUCCAAGUAGAGAACGCCAAAACAAACCCAGACCCAGACCAUCAUCAGCAGCUGGAAGAGAUCAUAUGAAGCCGUGGGGCUGGCAGGGUGGAAGUACCCAGGAAGGUAUUGACAUGUCAAAGUUUCUACUGAGGAACUCGUCCUUUAACACGUUGCAGAAUGAAGCUGUUCAGUAUGAGGACGAAUUAGACACUCCUCGCAGAGUUACAGCCCUUAAGGAAAAAGAACGAGAAAAGAAAUUUAUGAGCAAAGCUCAAGUUGAGAGAGAUCGUGUACAUAGAAUACGCAAAGCACGGCAGUCGGCGGAAGUUAUUCAAAGGUCAUGGCGACGAUAUUUAGCAAAGAAAAAGUUCUACAUGAAAAAAAUGAAUUUGACAAAGUGAUGUAGAAUUACUGCUGGUCAGAACUGAUAUUAUUUAUUAUUUGAUUGGAUUAGUGAACAUGUAAUAGAUCAGCAAAACAAGAUUACUACAAAUGAAAUAUGUGCUCAUCUAAUAUAACUAUUAAAAACCAUCAUUUCUGCAAACAUUUCCGAUAUCAUUUAUGUAUCAAAAUUUCAGUUUUAUAUACAGUUACGCAUUUCAAUAUAAAAAAGUAACAUCAUUUUUGAGCUGCCAAAACAGGUCAUGCAUUUAUCAGUUUCUGCCUUCUAAUAUUUUUGUUGCUUGUGGAAUCAUUCUAAUCCCAUUUGGUUCCUUUUGUCAUUCUGAGGAGACUUACUUAUUCACAGUCGUCAUCCAUGUGUCUACUGUUUAGUUUUACAUUCUUGAAGGAACUAAAAAUACUUUGCACAAACAUUAUACAAAGCGAAAAUUUCAUUCCUGUUGGUUAUCAAAGGUCAAGGUUGUACACAGAUCAGAUAUGCUAUACCCUUUAACGGUUGCCGCAAAUAUUUGUCAGAAAAUGAUGUAAAAGUAAUGUUGGUCUAACGUCUAGUCAUACUGUGAGAUAAAACGGCAAUGUUUUCAAGUUUUAACCCUGUAAACAAUUUUUUAAUAAAUAGGCACAAGGGUUUCCUGUAAUAAGAAGACAUGCAGUAUGUAACUUCCAAUCACCUCAGUACAAGGUCUGACAAUUAGGUCAAACAGCUUAAUUGUAUCAGUUCAUUUCAAAUAGAUUUCUUUGUUCUAUACACAACAAUUUACCCUUCUGUAUAAAUGAAGCAGGUAUGGAGAUGCAUGUGUUUGUACAGUUCCCUGCAAGUAAGUGUGGGAAGCAGUUUAUACAGGAAUAAUCAGUACAAAACUAGCCGGAUGCUGGAUCAAUCAUUAAUUGUGGGCAGAAUUGAUGCAAACAAUGCAUUUUAAAUUUUGGACAUUGAAAUAACUCUGAUAUGCAUAACACUCUAGUUUAAAUGUUAUUGAUAAUCAUUUCAUAUGUACAUCAAUGAUGUCAGCCAACAGACCUUAUUGAGGAAUGUUAGUAGGUCUGAAUUAGUGGAUGAAGAAAGUUAUUGUUGAUGAUAAUGCCAUGAAUCAUUCAUGUACAAUUCAUUGAUGCCGUGAUUAAUCAGCACUUCCCCUGUAGUUGUUGAAUUAAUCAUUCAACAGAACAUUAUGUAGUAAGUCUGUGGAUGAUAUUUUAUAUGUAGGUUAAAACCAUUGACAGUAUAAAAGAAAUCUUGCCAGCCUUGAUCUCACCAUACCUUGUUAUUGUGGCUUUACAAGCAUUGUAUACAUUGUUUAUAGAUGCAUGUUGGCAAGGUACAUACAUGUAUUAUAAUCCUGCAUAUAUACUACUUCAUAUAAGUAUUAUAAUAACGUCAAUGUAAUGUUGAUGCAUUUAUAAAUUGUGACAUAUUUUGAAAUAUUACUGUGAUAUUAAGAGAUCUAGCAAAAUCUAGCCGUUUUUCUGUUGAAUAAAAACAUGAACUUCCU